AUGCAGCAAAUUACAACUGCACCGCCAUCUGCAGCAGCAGCAGCUGCCUCCUCUUCAAUCGAUGAAGAGAUUACUACUCCUCCUCCACAGCCGCAACACGAGGAUGUUAUUAUUCCUGUCGCUUCUUCUUCAUAUGCUACAUCAUCAACACCCACCUCCAAUAUACCUCGUCAAGAUCUAUUUAACGGACAAAGAGAAGUUUACCUCAGCAUGUGUGUCCCUCUGUAUAAAGCAUCUGUUAGGAGUGAUUGGAGAUCCGCUAAAGCCAUUUUUGAUAAGCACCCUUGGUAUGUACGAUACAGUAUCACUGAACGAAACGACACGGCACUUCACAUGGCGGUAUCAGGAAAAAGAAGCAAAAAGGUGGAGGCAUUUGUGAAAAAUCUGGUGGAUUUUAUGGAAAAGGAUGACUUGGCACUUAUAAAUAAAAGUAAGAACACUGCCCUAUAUGUAGCAGCAGCAAAUGGAACCAUUGCAAUGGUCAAGUGCAUGGUGGAAAAGAACACGGCCUUGCUGACAAUCCCUGGCAGCGGAGGGAGACUCCCAGUGUAUGUGGCUGCUUUGAGUGGAAAUUAUGAGAUGGUGAAGUAUUUGUAUGAACAAGCCACAAAGUUAAACGAUAACACUUUCACAUCUCGCCAGAUUCGUCUGCUUUUUCAAGAAUGUGUCCAAGCCAAUAUGUUCGAUAUUGCACUAAAAAUAGUAGAAGAUCACCCAGAAGUUGCUGAUAAUGGGAUUGUGCUUGAAGCUUUGGCUCGAAAGCCUGAUGCAUUUUCUGGUAAAAAAUCUAACAUCGUGAGGAGAUCUAUCAAUUUAGCUUUUCUUCCUGAAAGUGAUAGUGAAGCAUUGCAGUUAUUGAGAAUAGUUUGGGGAAACAUUGCCAAAAAGCCUAAGGCUGAAAUUGAUGAUAUACUCAGAGGGACAUCUCAUCAUAAGAGUACGGAUCGAAGGAUUAACCAAAACCAUAAGAUCGAUUCUGGAAAUGUAGAUCAAGUUUUGCAAUUGCAGAAACUCAUUUCUGAACAUAUUGCGAACAUGAAUGUUGAGACCCACUACAUAAUGAAAGGGCAGCAAGCUUCUGCAAAGGAAGGUCAAGCUCUGAAACUACAAGAACUCAUAUUUGAACAUACCACCAAAAUGCUUGUUAAAAGCCAGAACCUAAUAAGAGAGCCCGUUGUCACAAUACUUAGCAAUCAAAAUGAAAAACCAUGGAUGGCAUCCUCUUCCGAUGUAAUGUUUGUUGCUACAGAAAAGGGCAACACAGAAUUUGUUAUUGAGCUCAUUCGUCAAUAUCAUGAUCUGAUAAACAAGGUAAAUGAGAACAAUCAAACUAUAUUUCAUGUUGCUGUCAGACAUCGUCGUGAGGGUAUUUACAACCUGAUGUAUGAGAUAGGCUCGGUGAAAGAUUUGAUCACUUUUCGCAAAGAUGAAAACGGUAACAAUAUGUUGCAUUUAGCUGGAUUGUGUGCCCAGAAAAGCCGACUCGAGGAUGUGUCAGGGGCUGCUUUACAGAUGCAACGAGAACUAUUAUGGUUUAAGGAAGUAGAGUCUAUGAUGCGUCCUUCUUAUAGAGAGCAGAAGAACAAAGAUGGUCUAACUCCGCAUAAGUUAUUUACCAAGGAACAUGCUACUCUAAUUACAGAAGGUGAGAAAUGGAUGAAAGAAACUGCAAAUCAAUGUAUGGUUGUUGCAGCUCUUAUUGCCACGAUAGUAUUUGCUGCAGCUUUUACGGUUCCUGGUGGAUACGAUCAAAAUGAUGGUCUCCCUAUCUACUAUCGGGAACGAAGCUUCAAGGUCUUUGUAGUCACAGAUGCAAUAUCAUUGUUCUUAUCAUCAGCUUCCAUACUCACCUUCUUAUCCAUCCUCACUUCCCGUUAUGCUGAACGAGAUUUUGUGGAAUCGUUACCCAAAAAGCUCAUGUUAGGCCUAGCUACUCUUUUCCUCUCUAUAACCACCAUGAUGAUUGCUUUUAGCUUCAGCUUUGUCGUACUAUACCAGAAGGAGGUUAAAUGGAUGCCCAUCUUUAUCUGUGCGUUUGCUUUCUUGCCGGUCCUCCUUUAUGUUGCCCUGCAAUAUCAUCUAUUAGUUGAUGUAUUUCGGUCAACAUAUGGUUCUAAGUACCUCUUUAAGCCUGCUAAAGAAGUUCUUUUCUGUGAACCCAAGAAGGCUUAACCAUUCUCAAUCACUUUCUGAUUUUAGUGGGCUAGUUGCAAGAUUUUCUUUAUAAGAUGGUUGUAAAUUG